UCUUUCAGUUCGAUCAGCUGUUUUGAAGAAGUCCUCAAAUCCCUCAAAGCGCUUGCAAGCUGUCGCCAGGAAUGAUUAGCAACAUCAAUUAUGGAGCGAGUUUUGAACGGCCCUGUCAGUCGGCAGUCAGUUUCGCUUUCAGUUGAUAAGUUUUGAUUGAGAGCCUUCUGCUUCAGCCAGCAGCAGCAGUUGAGAAUUCUACCGCGAUGAAGGUGGGCAUCGUUUGGUGCUUGGUCGUCUUGCUCGGUAGGAGUUUUGUGCAAGCCUACCACUCGCAGCUGGUACCAAUCGCGGAUCCGUCAAACCACUCCGGAAUGGUAACCGGCCUUUCGGAAAUGAUCAAUCUGCUGUCACCGAAAACGUUGGUUCUACUGGUCCUGAACGAAACAAAAAUCCACAAAAUCGACCGCCUUACGGUGGCGAUUCAUUCUUACAACAUUCCGACCUGUAUCUUCUACGACCUGGAACAGUACUUCGAGUACAUUGCUAAUAACUUGAAAAACUCACUGGAUACAACAAGCUUGCUGCUUUGCCACCCGGCAGACAUGCUGGUGGAUUUGGUAGAUCGACGACUCGCCCAUCGUCUGAGCUUGUACAUCUUUUACUGGGGUGCUCGCCGACUUCCGGCCGGUUUCGAUCGAGCCCUGCUGAGGGAACCUCUCCGCGUGGCGGUCAUUACGAACCCGAAGAAGAAGAUCUUCCGGAUAUUCUACAACCAGGCCAAGCCGAACAACCUCGGCGAACUGCUGAGCGCGAAUUGGUUCGAUGGAAGCGACAUGACCUUCAAGCGGGUUCCACUUCUACCGACUCCAACGGAGGUCUACAAGAACUUUGAGGGUCGGGUGUUUACCAUCCCGGUUAUCCAUAAACCUCCGUGGCACUUCCUGAGCUACACCAAUCUGAACGAGUCGUGCAACGAUACGGAUACGGAGUUUGACAUGGCUAACGUGACGUCCUUUCAGGUAACUGGUGGUCGGGACCACAAUCUAAUGCAGCUGAUCGCUGCAAGGAUGAACUUUACCUUCCGGUACAUUGAACCGGAAGAAAAAAUACAAGGGACAGCCAUGGGCUCGGGUGACAACGUGAGCAUUUCCGGUGCGCUGGGAAUGCUUCAACGUCGGGAGGUCGACCUGUUCCUCGGUGACGUCGCCGUCACUUGGGAACGCAUGCAAGCGGUGGAGUUUUCGUUCUUCACCUUGGCCGAUUCGGCGGCGUUUGUAACGCACGCGCCUAGAAAGUUGAGCGAAGCGUUAGCGUUAGUGCGACCGUUUCAGGUUACGGUGUGGCCGCUGGUGAUUUUCACAAUCAUUCUGUCGGGACCGGUACUUUACCUGAUCAUAGCUAUGCCAUUCCGGCUGGAGGACUGGAUGAAGGGUACGCUGGAUAAGGCUCGCCGAUUGCAGGUUCGUCGAGGGCCACCCUUUUACGACAUGCAGUACAUCCGGGAAAUGGGAUACGGAUUGGUUCCGCGAGCGGACAUUGCAGGAACUCCGCAGCAUCCGAGUUUGAAUCGUUGCGUCUGGUACACGAUCAACGUGUACUUGAGACAGUCUGCUACCAUCCCUUACAACGGUCACGUGGCAAGGUUCUUCUCGAUUUUGCUUUGGCUCUGCGCAACCUACGUUUUGGGAGAUGUUUACUCUGCUCAGCUUACGUCCCAACUUGCACGCCCAGCUCGCGAAGGACCCAUAAACACCCUCGGUAAACUGGAAGAACUCAUGGAGUCGCCCGGAGGUGGCUACCAACUGCUCGUAGAACGCCAAAGUGCCUUUCAAGUUGCUUUGGCCAACAGCACCGGAAUCCUGCAGCGGCUCUACCGCAUAACUCAACGGCAUCCGGACAACGAGUCCUACCUCGUGGGCUCCGUCGAGGAGGGCAUUCAAAUUCUGCUCGUCAACUCGAAGCGUGCGGUCUUCGGGGGUCGCGAAACGCUCUACUUCAACACCAAACGCUACGGAGCCCACCGGUUUCAGCUGAGCGAUAACCUGUACACCCGCUACUCGGCCGUGGCCGUUCAGUUUGGGUCGCCGUUCCUGGACAGCCUGAAUGAAGUGAUCAUGCGCCUCUUUGAAGCGGGCAUCAUCGGAAAGAUCACCGUAGCGGAGUACGAGAGGAUGUUCGGUAGUAAGUCGGGUGGUCAAUUUGCGGAUGAAACCGUUGAGAGUACCAAGUCGGACGACGGAGUGGACGCGACCGGCAAGGCGAAGAAGAGUGCCGAGAGCAGCGAGAAGCUGCAGCCGAUGAAUCUGCGGAUGCUGCAGGGAGCGUUCCUGGCGCUGGGAUUUGGGCACUCCGUGGGAGCAAUCAUAUUGCUGGUAGAAAAUCAGCUAAAGGGCAUCAAAUCAGUGUACCAACGAUUUUUGGGCGUUCUGACUCGAACUGGUCGGGUCGUUCGCAAAAUUUGGACGGCGAUCCGACGUUCACUUCGAAAUUUGUACGAAGAGUAAUGAAACAUUUCGGAA